AUGGUACCUUCCCAAGCAGAUUCCUACUUUGGUACAAUCACCACGGUCCAGGAUGCGCAAGUGAUCUUGGAGGCGAGCAAGCAAGGAGUAAGCAGCUCGCGGCGACCGAGUCGGCGAACCUGUUCCGGUCCACGCUAGACCGCCAAACUAACCACAGCGUGUAUCCCAACAGAUUCUUCCUCGGGUUACAAGACGAUUGACUGACGAUGAACGUGAGUCCACAUCGCUUGUGCCGAGCGUGCGUCCCCUGGCUGGUAGCAACUCAACCCUCUCCCGGCUUUGCAGGCAUCCAAUUCGUCAAACCCGGGGCGUGCUUCUGCUGGGAAGAAGAGGAAGCGGGGAUACGCAGGUGGACAGAUCACAUUAAAUGGACUCGUGAGUCUUUUGAGCUUCGAGGGACAUCAUCGGAUCUUGCUGUCGUGGCACCGACCAACGUUCGAACCCAUACCUGACCGACCCGUUUUCUUUCGUGCUUGCACAGCUUCUCGCGUGUCAGGGGCCUUCUUGACCUAUCUGGAGGUACCCUCACGCGGCGACGAGACCAUCAUCAAGCAAUCCUUCUCCUCCAUCGACCCUCAGACAAACUCCAAGAUGCACCUCAUCGCGUACAAUUCCAAAGCCGCCCAGCGAUCCGGUACCCUCCGAAGCCCCCUUCACGACCCGAUGUUGCAGGCCAUCUUCCAGGCAAGCUUUCCAUCCUCACGCGAGGGUGGUAACGCCAAUGGUGAUCUACCUCGACGGUCACCAUCUGCGUCAUCCUCCUCCUCGUCUUCUUCGGCGGAAGCUCGAUCACCGCCCGUUGCUCCGGCGAGCUUGCCGAGUCUCUUUGGCCCCCACCCCUCCUUUUCUGCGGCCAAACUCUCAUACCGACGAAGCCACUCGAACCUCCACGAAGUUCGCGCGAAAGGUCACAGUGCCACUGAGGCCGAUCAAGAUUGGCAUACGCGUGAACGUCCAAGCACGGCCAACUCGGACGGCGAUCGACCGCCACUCCUUUCCUCGCAAUCCUUCGACGCUGCUCGUUUCGGCAGGGGCACGGGCUCCGUAGAUCACACCUCCGGCAGCUCGAAUAACCCAAUUUCGCCUGUUUCGAUCUUGUCAAACGUCCCACCGCGCGGUUCCACUGCUUGGACGUUUGCAUAUCCGGGUAUUGCUUCGACGACGACGAGUGGAGUGCCCAGAUGGGAUAGUCGGGAUCCUUCCGGGGCCCACCAAUCCGCCUCCACGUCUUCGCUCCCGAUCCCGAGCCGAUAUCCCGGCUCGUCAGAACGGCCAGAGAUCUCCCCUACCCUUUCGACCCAUGGCCGCUCACGAUCCUCGACCUCUUCGCCGACCUCACUAACGCAACCCUCUCCUUUGCGGAACGAUUCACUCCACGGUUCGUCACAGCCGCCCCAGGUGCCUACUCCGCCAGGAUCGGCCGGGACCUCUCGACAGCUCGCUCCAUAUAACGAAUUGGCCUCGGGCAUGACGAGUACGGCCUCGCCGCCGUCUAUGGCCUCGCUCAUCUCACCGCUGCGAGGGACCUUCCUCGACGACGACGAUGAGCACGAGGGGUGGAAUCCGGACGAUCCCGACUCGGAACGCGGACCCCGUUUGCCAGAUCAACAGCGCGGAUCCGAGGACGAGCGACAACUCAGGUUGUUGGAUCGUCGCAUUUAA